GUUCUGGUUUUGUUUUGCGGCAGGUCGCUGAAGUCCCCCAUAGCAACAACACAUGAGCCUGACAUUUAGCAGUCAGUUAUGAUUAAGGUUAUAACUAUAAGCGAUCACAACACAGGGUCUUAGCAGAGAAAAUGGCCAGUACCAUGGUGGCCGUGGGCAUUACCCUGGCAGCAGCAGGGUUUGCAGGUCGCUAUGCCAUUCAAGCCAUGAAACAUAUGGAGCCGCAAGUGAAACAAGCUCUGGAAGCAUCCAAAUCUGCUUUUGGUAGCGGAUACUACAGAGGCGGCUUUGAACCAAAGAUGAACAGGAGAGAAGCUGCCCUUAUUCUUGGCGUCAGUCCUACCGCUAACAAAACCAAGAUCACACAGGCACACAGAAAACUGAUGAUUUUGAACCAUCCUGACCGAGGUGGAUCCCCGUAUCUGGCCACAAAAAUCAACGAGGCUAAAGAUUUACUUGAUGGACAAACAAAAAAUUAGAUCUUCACCGGAUGUUUGAACGAGUCACUUGAAUUAUUUCCUGAUCAUUAAACACCACGUUGUCAUCUCCA